UUCGUAGAUGUGGAGAUAGAGUCACAAUAUGGAUUAGAUGAAUUUCUCACUUUGCAGAAAAGACUACUACCAAGUUCUGGGUGUGGAGCGAGAUGCAACUCAACGUCAGAUCAAGAACGCUUACUAUACACUCUCGAAAAAGGCAAGCUCGUUUAUGCUCAAAUUACGUAUCAUCCUGAUGUCGCUGGACGAAAUGCAGGCACAGAGUCGAAGUUUAUUGAAAUAACGGAGGCGUACGAGUGCCUUAAGGAUCCUGAAAGGAGAAGGAUCUAUGAUGGAGAUUCGGUUGGACGAGGGGGGCGAUAUACAGAUCGAUCAUCUGAUUUCAGGGUAUCUAGAAAGCUUUUCCUCAUGCUUUUUGUGAAUGAAACUCAGCAAUUAUUUCAGCAGCACUUUGGACAGCGUCGAGAGAACCCCUUUUACAGUAAGCGCUACACGCAGCAAGAGUACGAGCGGAUAUGGGAGCAAUUCAAGAGGAUGCAACAAGAAAGAGAAGCGUAUGAUGCGCAAAUGAGGCGAGAAGGAGAAAAGUUGUGGGAACAGUUCGCCAGGGAACGUGCCACGCGAUGGCAGCAAUUCCAUUCC